UUUCAGUGUGAGACUGUUUACCAUCCGCCGCGAACUGCAAACUUCCUACUUUUCUCUGUGUUCAAAUGCUGUACUUAAUGCAUCAAACUAACACUAACACACGCACUAUUUAUUAAAGUUGAAGGCAAUAUGAACCCAGAGCAGCCCGCUGAACCCCACCGUAGUCCAAGUAAUUGUCUAGCUUCGACGCCGGACGUGAAUAGCUUGAAGAAAGGAGCACUGAAAAGAACUCCAUUCUCAAAGUUUAAGAAAGUACACUCCAACUUCAAAUCACCCCUUCAAGUAACAGAGAUUGCUAAAGUUAGCCCUGAAGAGGAGGUGGCAGAGCUAGAGAGGAGUCGAGAGAAGCUGGACGCAGAGAUAGCACAGCUGGAGGCUGAGGGCUACAGAGUGGAGGAGCUGGAGCAUCAUAUUGAUAUGCUGCAUGAAUACAAUGACAUCAAAGACAUUGGACAGUCACUCCUGGGCCGUAUCGCUGCUCUGAGGGGGACCACCACACGAGAUCUCUACAGCCACUUUGGUCUGGAACUGGAAGACUGAAAAAAAAAAAAGACUGGGAAAAAAGUAUGAAAGUACAGUGAUGAGAAUCGUUCCCAAGGCGAGAGAGGCAUAAAGAAAACACCAAAGAACUUUGACAUGAGUGUGGAUUCGCUCUAAAGAUGUGCCUGGAGGAACGGUCUUAACCUCAGCCAGUCACUACUGGCUCAUUUACAGAUAGGUUUGCCCAUGUUCUCAGUGAUCCUGUUUUCACCUCUUUACAGAGAGAGAUUUGAAUAGUGGCAAUAAGCAUGAAAAGAGAAUGAUAUCAUGCCUGUCGGCCCAGCAGGCAGGCAUGAUGUCAUACCAUCUACUCAAAUGGUUGACUUAAGGCUGUGAAAGAAAACUAAAUGUUUUUAUGAUUUCUCUCUAGCUCACCUCGGUUGUGCAAGAAUAUAAAUGCUAUUGAGACACUCCCAACUUUGGUGUUUUGUGUUGACAUUUGAGCUUAUAUUGGUAUGUUAUUUACAGAAAAAGGGACAAAUGAAAGUGUAACAUGAAAUAUAUUAGUUCCUAGUAUAUUAUGCUUUGUACACUGACAAUAAAAUGUCAUAAAUUUGAAAAAA